AUGCACGGCUCCGUUCCCGAUAUCACUUGCAUUGAGUCGAACGAAUCAUUCAAAUUUCCUGCCGCAAUCGCUGGGUGUCCUUUCCGGGGCAACCCAGCUCUCGUCAAGGUGGCUUCUAAUCAAGCAUUCUUGGCAUCGGUUAGUGCCAUCAAGAACGCUACUACUUUUUUACCGCCUGUAUUACAAACCUACGUUCAGACCACAGUCGACCAGCUCUCCGAAGUCGUCGCUGGAUCAAACGAGUACCUUGUCUCCCAGGGACUCUCACCUAUCCUCUUAUACACAAUCCUUGCCGCCGUCCUUGCUAUACCUCUCAGUAUGAUGUCCCGGUUUGGAGGAUGGCUAUCAAACCGCGAUGGCAUAUCCCCAUAUGCCGCACAAACCGACAGCCAGGGAGUGCCCCACGUCACUGAUGACGACUUCAGCUAUAUCACAUCCGAAGACCUAGAGCAAUCUUUGCAAAGCCCUUCUCGAGCAUACGACCCACAAAGCCGACGCCCUGUAUCUACAUCUAGCGGUGACGAUGACGUCCUCAUCAUCAAGAACAAAGGGAUCACGUAUCCUGUACAUUUCCCCGCAUUUUCUAUCGGCGACGGAAAACUGCUUGUGAGAGAUGUGCGAACUCGUGUAGGCCUGGUUAUGGACCUCAGCGAUCGUCGCAGCCGCCGAUUGAAGAUGCUUUACAAAGGUCGCCAUCUUAAGGAGCAAGAUAUCCCAAUCCGCGAUUACGGCGUGAAAAACAAUAGUGAGCUAUUGGUUGUGGUACCUGAGGGUAGGCUCAGCGACGAGGAUGAAAGUAGCAGUGAGGAAGCCGUGGUCGCAGAACAAGUUGAUCAGCAAAAGUCCAAGAAGAGCAAGAAAGGCAAGCUUCGCAAGAAGAAGAAGGAGCGUGUCAGCCCCAACGGAAGCACAGCCAACCUUGGGGUGCCCCCACAACGCGAACACGACACCAGGAAGCCUUCACCAGAUCCUUCUAGUCAUCCAUCCAGGGUGGCCUCUCCGACGGUAGCAUCCGGACCUAUAGAAAAGCUGGAGGUUAUCCGAUCGAAUUUCAAUGCGACUCUCCUACCUCUUUGCCAACAAUUCAUGAAGAGUCCACCGAGGGAUAGGAAGAAGCUAGAAGAUGAGCACACGAAGUUGAGUGAGACCAUAAUGCAGCAAGUAUUGCUGAAGCUGGAUGAGGUUGAGACUGGAGGAGACCUAGACAUUAGGGCAAGGAGAAAAGAACUGGUGACUUAUGUUCAGGAUGUGCUGAGGGAAAUGGACGAGUAUCUACCCCCCAACUCCAAAUUGAGAGGAAGAUGAUAGCUUUUUGAUGUGAAUACGAAGCUUUCGUCUUUCGUAUUUGUGUUGCUAGCGCUGCAUUCACAUAGCACCUAGGCGGUAUUUUGUUUGCAAUCAGAGUUCGUUGCCUACUAAGAUAAGCGCUACAUAUUCUACAGAAUAAUAACCACUCAUCAAAGCAACAUCAAAGCAACGUUCCGUCUGAAUUCAAAGUCCAUGGGUGUGUUGCCAUCUACGGGUACUAUUUUUGUUCUUCGCUAUGAGAUGAAUAACUUGAAGUUUUCGGUACUACGUAGAUACCAAAGGCAAUGCUCAAUACUCAAUGCGUAAGGGAUGGGCUGCUAUCUACGAAGUACUCCAGCUAGAUUUGUAUCCCUGCGGUAGUUGAAAAUACCUACAUACCUAAGGCACUGAAUCUAUUAGCUACUCAAUCACUGCUACUACAUAGUAGG